AUGAAUGGUCAACACACGAGAAAAGUAGGGCGUGAACCGAUUCUGUCUUGUGAAGAAGAAUCACAUCUUGUUGAUAUUAUCAAACGUUUGCAAGAAUAUAAUCAUCCAGUCUCUAACGGUGAUGUUAUACAGCUAGGAAGAUUAUACCUGCUGGAAUUAAAGAAAAAUAUUCCAGAAAGUUGUCCAACCAAAGAUUGGUUUUACAGUUUCAUGAAAAGAUGGUCAGAUGAACUUAAGAUGAUGAAAAGUGUUAAAUUAGAAAAAUGUAGAAGCGACGCAUUACCGAUCGAAAUACUGGACAGUUGGUUUAAUAAAUUAUAUGUUUUACUGACAAAAUUACAGCUGUUCGAUAAGCCUGCGUGCAUAUUUAACUGCGAUGAGAGCAGUUUCUGUGAAGAUCCUGGGACAAAAUCCGUUGUUGUAAAACGAGACACUCGAUAUCCAAAUGCUAUUCAUGGAGGCUCAGGUAAAGAACAAACAACUGUUUUAUUAUAUAUAUCAGCUCGUGGAAGGUAA